GAUAGAUAACAAUAAAGCAUCAAAAGUUUAAUUUCUCGUUCGGUGAUAUCCAUAUAACUAAUUAAUGGGAAGGCAACCUUGCUGUGAUAAACUUGGAGUGAAGAAGGGGCCAUGGACAGCUGAGGAAGACAGUAAGCUCAUGGCCUUCAUCCUCACCAAUGGCCAAUGCUGCUGGCGGGCCGUGCCGAAGCUUGCCGGCCUUCGCCGCUGCGGCAAGAGCUGCCGGCUCCGGUGGACUAACUACCUCCGCCCUGACCUCAAGAGAGGACUUCUAAGUGAAACUGAGGAGAAACUGGUCAUUGAUCUUCAUGCUCUUCUUGGUAAUAGAUGGUCGAAGAUUGCUUCAAGAUUACCAGGAAGGACAGAUAAUGAGAUUAAAAAUCACUGGAACACCCACAUUAAGAAAAAACUUCUUAAGAUGGGAAUAGAUCCUGUUACACAUGAACCUAUCUACAACUACCCAAAGACAACAAGUGACAAUCAAUCAUCAAUAACCACAAAUAAACCGGCAACCUCUUCGCCAGACUCUGAGAAAAGAUGCGGUGAACAUCAGGUAGAAGUUGUUCCUCAUAGUUCAUCCCCCAUAGACGGGACCUCAGAAGAGCAGAGCUCUUCAUGCUCACCAACUGAAAACUGCUCUUCCUCCAUUACCACCACUGAUGAAUCCCAUCUGAUCAUAGAUAUCAUGGGUGAUGAAGACGAUCCCCUGCUCAGCUCCUUACUCGAAAACCAUGCAACAAUUCCACUAGAAGCAUUGCGGGACAUCCCAUCACCUACUGUUGACCAGCCGUCAUUAAUCUUUGACUUUGAUGAUCUUAAUAUCCCAACUUUGGUUGACAAUGACUUGGAUUGGCUGUUAAACUGUCAGGACUUCGGGAUCAAUAAUUUUGGAUUUGAUUGCUUCAACGACGACACUGCUGAGUUGCACAUUUUCGACACCGUAGACUCUGACGGAAAGUCACAAUAAUUUCAGUAUAUUAUUAUUAAGAUAAGAAAAUCGUUACUACUACUAUCAAGUUAAAUGAAAUCACGAAUGUCUUCGUAGGUAUGUAGCUAGAUUAACAUCAAAGUAUGCGAGGUUCUUCAACACUAAAUGGUCAUGCUGCACAAAGGUAACAUGAUAUCUAUAUAAUAAAGUGAGGUAGUUUUUUUUAGUACUUUAUACGUAGUAUAAGAUAUAUUGAAGAAAGAUCCAAUUGCAAAUGAUGAGAGUUGUAGUUUCCAAAUUGAGAUAUAUUGUCUCUCAUAGACCAUAUUGUGAGUUGUGGCUACAAUAUAAUGACUGUUUUCUUAGAAAGGUAUUUAACUUUGCAUCCACAUUUCAGACAAAAUAAUGCUUUGUACGUGUUUUAAGAAAUUAUAUGCACACAUCCUAUCGGUUCAAAUAUUUGAGAAAGAAUGGCACGGAUAUCACUAAUUGAGUUUUAAUUUCUAAUAAUAUGACCAUUUUGAAAAUUGACAAAAAAGUCACACAUCCGCUUCUCUCCUGCGAUCGAACAACUCCUAUGACCCAUCCAUUUAUCUCUUCCGUCCAAAGAGCUCCCACCAAACCCCUUUCUCUCUACUAUCCUUGCAUCGCUAAAGCCAAGGAGCCUUUCGCCAGAGCCUCCUAACCACAUCGACCGUAGGAGCCUCCCAGUUGUGGCGGUCGUCGUCUCCUACGCCUUGCGCCGUCGCCUUGUACCGUCGUUGUCGCCUCUCACCGUCAUUUCAUCAUCUUUCAUCUUCAUCAAUUCGGUGCUGCAGAAGCACGAUAAGGGACGAAGCUACAUAUUGAAAUCUGCGCUGCCUUCGCCUACGUAUUCAGAUCUGCGGCGCCACCUUUAAUUUUUCAGAUCUGAGGCUAGCAUUCGGCUAUGGCGACGGCUAGGUUUAGAGGCGGACAAAGGUGGGAGAGGGAGAAACGCCGGCAGACGUGGUGGGCCUGGCCGGCUGAAACAAGGGAGGGGGAAAUGGUGGGCGGCAGUGGCAGACUUGGCUG